GCGCCUUUCUCCCAGUUGCUGCUUUCAAGCUGCUGCUGCUGGACCAGCAAGAACAGCUUUGAACCGGUUUUGUCGCCGGCUACAAAGCAGUAUGAAACGGAUGCACUAUGCGCAUUGUUGAUGCAGAGUGCGCGCUUAACACACGAUCAUCACAGAUUCCAGCUCAGUCAGUCAGACCCCCAUGUACGAGGGUUUCUUCUGUAUGUCAUUUGUAGUGAUUCUGUAAAAGGGAUUUUAAUAUUGAAAACAUCCUACAUGGAAAGUUCCCGUAGAAUGCGCAGCUCUGCAGGGUCCUGCUGUUAUUUUUGUAAAUCCUGAGGAACCCCUCCUCUGUCAAAGCUGUAGCAGAUCCCAGAGGGCGGCAGUAACAUCAGCACCAUGGCUCCAUCUGCUAAAGUGCUGGACGGAGGCUGGGGAUGGGCGAUUGUUGUGGCCUCCUUCAUGGCCCAGCUCCUGGCCUAUGGAUCACCCCAGUCGGUGGGCGUCCUGUACCCCGAGUGGCUGCAUGCCUUCCAGGAGGGUAAAGGCAUGACGGCCUGGGUGGGCUCCCUUGUGGCUGGAGUGGGACUAAUAGCCAGUCCUGUCUGCAGUGCCUGUGUGGACAACUUUGGUGCUCGUCCCGUGACCAUCUUCAGUGGCGUAAUGGUGGCGGGCGGCCUGAUGCUCAGUGCCUUUGCUCCGAAUGUCCAGUUCCUCAUCUUUUCCUAUGGGAUUGUGGUUGGCCUGGGUUGUGGUCUGGUCUACGCAGCCACGUUGACAAUCACCUGUCAAUAUUUUGACAAGAGACGUGGCCUUGCCCUCGGCAUUGUCACCACAGGCACAAGUGUUGGAGCCUUCAUCUAUGCCACUGCUCAGAACGAGCUGAUUGUGUUGUACGGCCUGGAUGGCUGCCUGCUAAUCAUCGGAGCUGUAGCACUAAACCUCAUGGCCUGCGCCGGCUUCAUGAGGCCCCUUAACAUGCCAGGGUACUACCUCAAACAGAAGGCUGCCCUGGAACGCAACACAGAGGAGCAGCUUCUUGAGAAGCCCCCGUUGGAUGACCUGAAGAUCACAACAGGUUCCACCUUAACCACUCCUGAGAAAUCGCUGAUGGUGAAGGAGUUGCUCAUCACCAUCGAUACCAAGGACUUGGCCAUUCAGACAGAGAAGAAGAAAGGCAGCUUCCUGGCUGGGUUGGCCAUCAUGAAAGUCAUCAAGAAGAAGCAGCAGGCUUACUCCAAGUACAUGCACUCCAUGUAUGAGAUCCUGCAGGACCAAGCCAUGGUGGCCUUCUGUAUUGGGGUGUUCCUGUUCAGCCUGGGGGCGUUCCCUCCUGUGCUCUUUAUUGAGGAUGUGGCGCAGAGUCAAGGACUCAUUGAAGAAGUUAGUGUCAUUCCUCUGGUAUCAAUAGGGGCCAUCGCCACUUGUGUGGGUAAACUAGUGCUGGGUAUUCUGGUGGACAUCAGGUGGAUCAACAGCAUCUAUCUGUACGCCUUCACCAUGUUUGCAGGAGGUGUGGCACUGCUCCUUAUCCCUAUCACUAAGACUUAUAUGGGACUGCAGAUCCUGUCUGUCGUCCUGGGUUUCUUUUCUGGAAACUGGUCUCUCACCUCCUACAUUACCACUAAGAUUGUCGGCUUGGACAGACUGACACAAGCCCACGGCAUCCUCAUGUUCUUCGGGGGAUUUGGGAUCAUGCUUGGACCCCCUGUUGUAGGGUGGUUCUUUGACUGGACGCAGUCAUAUGACUUGGCAUUCUACUUUAGUGGGAGCUGUGUGGUGCUGGGAGCGUUAAUUCUCUCUCUGCUCACCCUUCCCUGCUGGAAUAGGAAGCACUCCGUGAACGACAGACCAGAGGUCCAAUACACCAGCAACUGUGACAAAGUUGCCUCUGUAGCUUGAAUAUGAGCACCUUUCAUAAGGACUCAGAUCUCACCCCUACAGCUCAGCAACUGUCCUCUGAUGAACUAUACCUGAACCACCUCUUGGAGGAAUUUUCUUUCUUUGACUAUAUAGGGGUUUCCCCCUUAUUUCUGCCGCCAGGUUCUAAUAUACCAAAAUACUUGCCAGAGGUUUUGAAAUACAGGCCUUUCCUCUGUACUUGUGCCUGCGUUUCUCAGGUUCAAACCAUAUACUGCAGAUGUUUGUCACUGUAGCUCAAAAAAAAAAGACAUGGCGCCAUUCAUAACACUGGGAACAAAAACAUCUGUAAAUUGUUGGGUGUUAAUUUAACACGAUAUCAACAUUUGAAACCACUCUACAAAUGCACAAAAAACUCCCAGGAACCGGAACAGAGAAUACAGGGAUUGGAAUGAAGGAGGGAGCCUUUUUUGAUCAUCUUAAUUUUAGAAACAUUUUUAUUUUGUAUUUUGGUUUUAAUAUAUAUCUUAACUAUAUCACUAUGUAUCUUACCAAAGCAUCAAUGAUAGUCAAUGCCUGUCAACACAUUAUGCCUGUUGGAACAAUACAAAAGCCUUGCUUUAUAGGUAUUUUUUGUUUUCAAGUGCAUUGACUCAGUUUAUACUUUUUUUAAAUGGUUUGAGUUCCACAUACCUCCUGUUUCUGGAUCACACAAACACUUUUUGAAGAAGUUAUGCUGAUUCAAAAACAUGUAAAAACACUUCAUCCUACUGUAUUUCCAACCUUAACAGCAUGUUGAUUCUCUUUGUGGCAUGAUUAUCAUGACCAAGCUGGUCCUUUUCCAUCAUGUUGUGUGUAUAUAUGUUUGUGUUUAUGUUGUGUGUGUGUACGUGCCUGCACACGCAUGUUCGCAUUCAUGCACAGGUUUGUGUGUGUGUGUGUGUGUGCAUUGUUUCAUAAACUUUUGAAUUAGCACUAGUUUGUAAAGUCCUAUGUGCUAGUGACUUUUAUAUGCACAAACUGGACAUAGAGCUGUAAAAAUUGUUUUUGUUUAAAGUUGAUUAUUGUGAUCAUAAUUGUAAUGAAUACAUUGCAAUAGGCUUUUUAGAAUCACUUGAAUGUUGUUAAAUAUACCACUACAAGUGUAUUUUUGAGUUUCAGGAGUAAGGAUAAAUCUGGGACAUUAGUGUUUGCUUUCUGUGUUUGUAGAAGGUAUUUACAAGGUGCAGAUGAGGUACAAUUAGUACUGACCUAGAAGAGACAGUAUAUUUAGCUGUCACCGUUUAGCCACUCGUAUUUUGUAUGCCAGUAUUAUAAUAUUUCUGUAUAUAUUUCUGUUCUAUUAUUUUAUUUAAAAAGUGCCAAUAAAAUAUAUUUGGAUUAAUGAUA